AUGGUCCUUCAACAUCUCUUCCGCUUGUCCUCCAUCUUUCGCUCCACAGCCUCUGUUCAUCUACGAAGAAAUAUUGGGAUGACAGCCAUUGCUUUCAACAAGGCUAAGGAGCUCGACCCCAUUCAGAAACUCUUUGUGGAUAAGAUCAAGGAUUAUAGGACAAAGAGCCAGGCAAGUGGAGGCACAGUUGAUGCUGGCCCCGAAUAUAAGAAGGACCUUAACGAAGACAUCAGUAAACUACAGAGGUUAUAUGGCGGAGGAGACUUGGAGAAGUUCCCAGAAUUCAAGUUUGAAGGUUGGUAA